AUGGUGUCGGGGGCGGUGUGUCCACCCUGGAAAUGUUGUCCAGCGGAACGGAGUGGUAAAGAUGGAUGGGAGGAUCAGCCGCUCGUCAACGCUUCCGGAAAUCCGGUUUUUCGAGCUUUCCCCUGGAUGUUCGGUAGCCGGGAUCGAGUGUACCUGCGCUCGAUGCAAAGUUUCACCGCGUACGCGGGUCGCAUGACGACGGCGCGGCGUCUGCGGCCCAUCCCGCAGGUGCAGUGCAAGGGCGGCCCCUGCGAACUCUCGCCUGCUGCACUGCAGUGCUACAACCGCGGGUUCGAUGGCAAGACUGUCAACUGGGAAUGUAGGGCUGACAUGGACGAGCGAGUGCGGUUUGGCAAUUUGCAUGUCAUCUGCGAGGGCUACGACUACGCUGGCGACGAGUACAUCCUGGCGGGUUCCUGUGGGGAUCGAAAAGUCCAGUAUUUGGCGCAUUUCAUGACAGACGAAAACUGGGGUUNGCCACCUGGCGGAGGUCGGCCGAACGACUACGAUCCCGGGCCAGGGUUUUGGCCAGGUGCUGGACUGGGGGCAAUUCUUGGCUACAUCUUGGGCUACUCCACGUCUGACGACGGUUACGGUAACGCGAAUUACGGGCCCAACUACUACGGCCCUGCACCAGGCCCAUCCGGCCCCGGGGGUUUCUACGAACCCGGCUACGAGCCCGGGUUCGACGGUGGAGGAAUGGGUAAUCCUGGACCCACUGGACCCACUCGCGAGGCCCGAGGUUUCGGGGAGACCAGUGUACAAGUCAGAUCGAACCCUUUCACACCCACUCCGGUCAGCACCAACAGCGCAGUUUUAUUGUCGAAUGUGUCAUCCUCUGCUGGAACCCGAUUAAGUCCUGCCAACGGAUGUUGCUAUGACACGCCGGGUGCGAGAAACCGCAUUUUGAUUCCCAGAAGGAAGAUGGGUUGAAGAACUUGGAUUCAAUUUAAUACAAGCUAGAGGAUUUUUUUUCCCUCAAUAUUUCCUCAGGAAAUCAGUUUUUCUUGAUUUUUCUUUUCUUUUUCCUAACAUUGUUUUCGAACACUUAACGCCGCUUUCGGUGGAUUCAAUCCCGAAAAACGAAUGCUGCGAGUUUCCCCCGACAUCGAAAUUAUUCGAAAUGUAUUCUUGUUAGUCGUUCUGCCCUCAAUAAUGCUGAAAAUGAGACCAUUAAAUGCGUUGCCUGCUCAUACGAGGCAACAAGCCUUCA